AUGGCGGACGAACAUGAAAAAGUAGACAUAUCAGGAAAAAGCCCUUUGUUCCCGAUUAUAUCUUCAAAUUCUUGUGACAUACAUACAGCUAGACAAACUAGUGGUUUGUUUCCUUCUGUGCCUGUUUGCAUCAGUGAGGAAAAAGAAUCGUUUGACUGGCUGUCUAACGCGAGCUACAACAUUCAUAAUCACACUGAAAUCCCCACAAAUAUCGAAGAAGAAUGCGAAUCACCAUCGAGCCAUUCUAGCAAUGAAGACGAAAUAUCAAAGGAAACGAGAUCAGAUCAAACGGAAGAGAAACACGUUAGGAAACGACGCAAGAAAGACAAAUCGACAAAACAUAAAAAACACAAACAUAAGAAGCAAAAAAAACAUAAAUCUACCGACGAUCCAAAGCUCACAAACCUUCCCUCGACGAUAUGGAUUGAAGAGUCUGGAUUGGAGGUCGAGAAAGCCUUUCGUAUUCACAGAAAACCGGACUACAAUAAUCGUGAAUUUGGUGGACUGUACAGGCUGGACAUUGCACUCCACAAUCAAAACCCUAAACUAAGAUGUCUUGGCCUAAGCAGAGACCAAGAGAUUGAACCAAAAUCAGGUCGAAAAGAGAAGAAAAAAUCAAAACAAAGAUACUGGGGGAGUUUUGUAAGUUCGGAUGACGCUUCAACAUUACUUGGUCAAACUGGAAAGACUGGUUUUGGUUUUAGUAACAAUUUUUCAUAUGUUCCACUCGAGUUGCCAGUAGCUGUUAAUGAUGAGAAUAAAGAAUCCUCUGCAGGAGACAAUGAUCAACCUGUUUCAGUAAUCUUAUCUAAAACGAAAGAUUUAAACCAGAGAGUCGGGGAUAAUCCAAAUGAUAUCCAAGCGUGGUUGGAUUUAGCUGAUCUUCAGUCACAACAAGCGCAGUCCAGUUACCAAACCAGUAACACAUUCAGCAAAAGUGGAAUUGAAGAUCAGAAGAAAUCUAGCAAGAUGUUAUUGGAGAAGAAGGCAGCUGUACUGGAAAAAGCUGUUGAGAAGAAUCCAUCCAGUGUUGAAUUGAUCGUGGCUUGUAUGAACGUUUGCGCGCAAACCUUGGACAGCGAAGCAAUCCUUGAAAAAUGGAGGAAACGUCUGUUCAUUCAGCCUCAGAAAACUUUGCUGUGGAAGCAUUAUUUAAUGUUUUGUCAGUCUAGUUUCUCUGCAUUUACCUUCUCAACAACGCUAGCUAUCUAUACCAAGUGUUUCACAACACUUUCGGCCAUUCAGAGCGGCAAAUUCACCUCCCAUUCACCAGAAGAUGAUAUAGAAAGCGGAAUGGUGGAAAUUUUCGUGCAAUUUUGUCAGUUUCUAAAACAAGCAGGUCAGACGGAGAAAGCUAUCGCAGCCUUUCAAGCUUUGAUUGAAUUUAACUGCUUUUGCCCAGAAGGCCUUCAGGAGACACGUUCAAUGACUUCAUUUUUUGAAACAUUUUGGGAUAGCGAAGUGCCAAGAUUUGGAGAGGAAAAUGCUCAAGGCUGGAACAGUUGGAUGAAGGAUCGAGAAGAAACAUCACAUCCUGUCGCAUUGAGCGAAAUUUUUCCCAGAAAUGAUACUCAAGAAGAAAUUUCAAGGCAAGAAAAGAUUCUCAGCAGCCAUUCCGAUAGACAUGCUUCCUGGUUGAAACUCGAGUCCUCUCGUGAAGCAGAACAAUGGCGUCCAAAGAAGACCAGCGAUGAAGAAGAAGAAAACGAAGAUCCUGAUAGAAUCGUCCUUUUCCAAGACAUCAGUUUUGUUCUCUUCCAACUAACGGAUGAAAGUCUCAAAUUUCAACUUCUUUGCUACUUUCUGUGUUUUCUUGGAAACCGCGUCGAUUUUCAAUCAACCUCUAGCGAUAGUAAAUCAUCCGCUGUUCAGCCGGAACGACUUCUCCCCGUGCUAAUAGAAGAUGAGAAACAAAUACAAUCAAUCAUUGAUGGAAACCACCUAAAUUUUGCAUGUAGUUGGAACAGCUUUGAAAGACCUUUGGAAAAUCACGAUAUCGCGUAUCGAAUGUUUAUCCGGAAUAUUUUCAACCAGGCCUUGGGAUGCUUCUCAGCAGAUCUACAGACAUUCCUCGCAAUACAUUGGCUGCGUUUUGAAAGGAAUAUUCUCGCGUCCGAAGUGAAGUCGAAAAAGCGAAAGCAAUGCUAUAAAGCCGUACGAAAACUUGCCAAAUCGUUGCUAAAGCUGGAACAGCAUCGAAACAACCUGAGGUUGUGGUUUGCUUUUGUUCAAGUUGAGUGGGUGAAUGAGAACUGGAUGGAUGCAAGAGGUGUUGUAACUUCGUUGUUGGAACAGUCGUUGAAUAUGACAGACAAGACUUCUACCAUGGAGUACUACCACUUUGUAAGGUCGUAUUGUGAACUAGAGAUGGGUUUAGGUAGUGCACUACAAAACGACAAAGUCCCGGACAUGGGGGAUCUUAGGAAGAAAAUUUUACCAGCGAUAUCUGUUCUUGUUAACAAAGCGCCUGGGAAUGUACCGAAGUUCUUAACUCCAGCUCAAAUACUCAAGACUCACAAAGCUCUGGAAGAGAAAGGAGCUUUGAUGCUUGCAGAAUUUCAAAGUUGGUACGAUGACAUCGUUUCUGCCCAGGGAGAAAAGGAGUUCUUUGUUGAUUUUAUGAUCUGUUAUGCAUUUUUUCAAUAUUGGAGUCUCGGCCUAGUUGCUGCUAAGAGCGUUGUAGACUCUGCACUAAGCGCUGUCAGGUCAAACAGAACACACGAUGGUGGCGUGGUAUUAUCCCGCUCGAAAUACGAAGAGGAUAUCCUGGUCCUCUACUGCAAACUUUUGAAGUUUCACUCAAAAAAUAACGUUUCUCCAGUAAAGCCAUUGCGCGACAGUUUAUUAUCGUCGCUGUCUGCUUUCCAAGAAAAUCCGUUCUUUCUUCAUUCAUACGUCAUGUUGGAGCUGAAAUCUUGUACAUCGUACUCAAUACGACGAUAUUUUGACAGUUUGCUUGACCGAUCGAGGACACCAAUUCCUUGGCUGUUUGCUAUUCUUUAUGAAAGCCAACGACAAAAGACAAUUCAGAAUUCCUAUACUUCAACCCACGCAGAGCUGUCCCAAACUGGAGUGAUUUAUCGUCUGCGUUCGCUUUACGAGAGAGCCAUCAAUCAUCCAAGCGCAAGACAUUGUGUGGCCGUCUGGAGAUCUUACAUGAAGUUUGAAGCAGAUAACGGGGAUUUACGUCAGGCUAAAGCAAUAUUCUACCAGUCCCUGCAGUGUUGUGCAUGGUCGAAGUUAACCUACUUGGAUGCGAUAAAGCUAUUUCCAGAAAUCUUUCAAGACGUCUACGACAUGAUGGAAGAGAAGGAAUUAAGGAUAAGAACACCAUUUGAAGAAUUGGACCUUCUCUUGGAAACUUGAAACAUUCUAAAUUCUUGAAAUAUGCGAAGAGAUAGGACCAUUAUAUUACAAUUAAAACUGCCUCACUUGUUGCUAAUUAAAUACCGAUGACGAUCGCUAUGUAAAUUAGGGCAAUAAAUC